GACAAGUUCUAUGCUAGAAAAUGGACGAUAAUGUUGGAGCUUAUGAUCCAAAUGAAGAUAAUAAUAACAUCAAAGAGCAAGAGCGGUUGCUUCCAAUAGCCAACGUUGGCAGGAUCAUGAAGCAAAGUUUGCCAACAAAUGCAAAAAUCUCAAAGGAAGCCAAGGAAACUAUGCAAGAAUGUGUGUCUGAGUUCAUUAGCUUUGUCACCAGUGAGGCAUCUGAGAAGUGCAGAAAGGAAAGGCGCAAGACUGUGAAUGGAGAUGAUGUUUGCUGGGCACUGGAAGCACUAGGUUUCGAUGACUAUUCCGGGCCAAUAAGAAGGUAUUUGCACAGAUAUAGAGAACUAGAAGUAGAAAGAACUAACCAAGACAGGGUUAGAGACAAUGAAAGAGAAGCAUGAAUACCAUUUUCAUAUAGAAAUUGCUGUCCUAACCAAGCAAUCAUGCUCUCGCUUAGCUCCUACUCCAAGAAAGUCAAUGUGAUUGAAAGGAGUAUAAUAGCUUCAGCUCAAAGCCUUUUUAAGGCUUAAGGGAUCACU